UUUCCGGCGAGCUGGCUAUAAUCCUGUGGGCCGACAGGAUGCCUGCGGAGGAGGGGCUCCGUCAGCCGGCGCCCACGCUAGUCCCAGACGCGGCUGCGGCCCGCCCGCCCCCGCGCGCUCACCUGCGGCUGUGAAGCCCCGCGCCAGCGCACAGGCCAGUUGGCCCGCUCCGAUGAAGCCGACGCUCAUGGCCGCGAGAAGGGGCUCGGCGCCGCCCGGGAGCUGCACGAGGCCGGGCCAACAGACGCCCCCAGCAGCCCGUGCGCGCGCCCCGGAAGCCGGGCCGGCGGAGCUUCCGGCGACUUCGGGACCCCUCCCCACUGCCUACCGGGCAGACGGCACCGCGCCCCCCGCCUGGGCGGCCAAUCCGCGGUCGGGAGCUCGCCGCGGGAGCGGCGAGGGGAGAGAAACGAAUCCUCGAGCGGACCAAUCCGCGGCCGGGACCUCGGGCGGGCCAAUCCGCGGCCGGGAACUCGAGCCGUGUGCCCGCCCCUUGCGCCCGGUGUUGGAUGGUCAGAACAUCAGAAGCAGAGGCCGGAAGUCGUGGACUGCCCCUCGCGUGUUCGCCUGGAGGCGACCCCAGACGUUUGGCAAACACUUGACGGGCAGAGCGUCCCGAGAAGAGAACUCCCCGCCACCUCAGGAGUGCAAGGUACACGACCCCAAGACAGUGGUGACCUGCCCUUCACUGCCCACCUGCUCGGACCCACGACCUUUGUCCCACACUUUCUUUAGACGAACCUGGAUGUACUUCGAGCACUUCGGACACGGUCUUUGAUACCCUAGUCUGCAGUCUCAGGGUGGCGGCCUCACUGAAAUGAAUUACUUUACUGUUUCCCCACCAUCCCUCUCUCUGCCUCUAAUUUUGUGCGUGGCCAGCGGCCUAACCUGGUCUCUCUGGGACCACCCCCUACCCCGCCUCGCCCCCUCCCCCGCGCCAUGGCCAGAUGCUCUUGCCCCCUGCGUCCUGGGUACAGGUAAGGCCCCGCCAAGUACACGGAGGCCUAUGCCUCCGCCACCCCACUACUCGGUGUAUACGCCCCCUACACGGGCAGUUUCCAUUUUCAACCGCAAUAAAAGUGUAAGGGGCCUUGGGGACUGGGUGACCAAAAUACGGAGGAAAGAGUUGGCUUCCCUGGAGGACUCGCCAGAGCCUGAGAGACUGAAGGCUACCCAGCGCCGGUCCGCCUGGGGUUCUGCUGUCCUGGUCCCGCCCCCUCCCUGCUGCCCCUCACCAGCUUCCUCUACCUGCUCCCCCUGAGUAAGCCCCCACCCCCUCAGUUCUUGCAGCACAAUAAAUGUUCACAAGUUUUAAAUUUU